ACGAAAUUCCUCAGAAGAACCUCUUCUCAUCUCCUAAGGUCCCCCAACACCCCCUACAAAAUGCUCACCCUCCGUUCUCACCCCACUACAAUUGCCACCACCACCACCGAAACUACAAUUACAAGCUCUUCAGUUGUGUCCCAUGUCGUCGCUCUCAGUGCGCUUUCUUUCACCUCCCCUGUCCUCUUCCACCUCUGCAUGGCCAAGGACAAGGUCCUCAUCCACUCAAUCGGUGGCACCUGUUACGGAGGAGGUGGAGGUGGAGGUGGAGAGGCUGGAGCCGAGAGUGGAAGAGAGAGAAGGGUACUGGGUGUUGAAGGAGAAGUUCAGGGAAGGCAUAAACCCUUCGGAGAAGGUGAAGCUUCAAAAAGAGCCCAUGAAGCUUUUCAUGGAAAAUGGGAUAGAAGAGCUGGCCAAGAUGUCGCUGGAGGAGAUUGAGAACAGUAAAGUUACUAAGGACGAUAUUGAUGUGAGGCUUAAGUGGCUUGGUCUCUUCCAUAGGAGAAAGCAUCAAUAUGGUAGAUUUAUGAUGCGACUGAAGCUACCUAAUGGGGUGACAACAAGUGCACAAACUCGAUACUUGGCGAGUGUGAUUAGGAAAUAUGGUAAGGAUGGGUGCGCCGAUGUGACAACCAGGCAAAAUUGGCAAAUUCGUGGAGUGGUACUGCCUGAUGUGCCGGAAAUACUUAAAGGUCUAGCAGAAGUUGGCUUGACAAGCCUGCAGAGUGGAAUGGACAAUGUGAGAAACCCUGUUGGGAACCCUCUUGCAGGGAUUGAUCCACACGAGAUUGUUGAUACACGGCCUUACUCCAACUUGUUAUCACAGUUUCUCACUGCCAAUUCAUUUGGUAACCCGGCGGUCACUAACUUGCCAAGGAAGUGGAAUGUGUGCGUGGUGGGUUCUCAUGAUCUCUUUGAGCAUCCUCACAUCAAUGAUCUUGCUUACAUGCCUGCUGUAAAGGAUGAACGGUUUGGUUUCAAUCUGCUGGUUGGAGGCUUCUUUAGUCCCAAGCGAUGUGCAGAGGCAGUACCUCUUGAUGCCUGGGUCCCGGCAGAUGAUGUGAUCCCAGUGUGCGAAGCCAUACUAGAGGCUUAUAGGGAUCUCGGCAACAGAGGGAACCGGCAAAAAACAAGAAUGAUGUGGUUGAUUGAUGAACUUGGUAUUGAAGGAUUCAGGUCAGAGGUAGUCAAAAGAAUGCCCCAAAACCAGCUGGAGAGAGCUUCUCCUGAAGACCUGAUUCAGAAGCAAUGGGAAAGGAGAGAUUAUCUUGGUGUCCAUCCACAGAAGCAAGAAGGUUUUAGUUAUGCGGGUCUUCACAUUCCUGUAGGUCGAGUCCAGGCAGAUGACAUGGAUGAACUAGCUCGUUUGGCAGACUCAUAUGGUUCAGGUGAACUCCGGCUGACUGUGGAGCAAAACAUCAUAAUUCCAAACAUUGAGAACUCAAAACUCAACGAGUUACUUGAAGAGCCUCUAUUGAAAGACAGGUUUUCACCAGAACCGCCUAUUCUUAUGAAAGGGUUGGUGGCAUGCACUGGCAACCAAUUCUGUGGGCAGGCCAUUAUAGAGACAAAGGCCAGGGCCUUGAAGGUGACUGAGGAAGUUGAAAGGCUAGUGGCAGUGACUCGGCCAAUUAGGAUGCACUGGACUGGCUGUCCAAACACUUGUGGGCAGGUACAAGUGGCUGAUAUUGGUUUCAUGGGGUGCAUGGCAAGGGAUGAGAAUAGGAAGCCUUGCGAAGGUGUUGAUGUUUUUUUGGGAGGCAAAAUUGGUAGCGACUCACAUUUGGGAGAUCUUUACAAGAAGGGUGUUCCUUGCAAGGACUUGGUGCCAUUAGUUGUGGACAUUCUGGUUAAACAUUUUGGAGCCGUACCGAGGGAGAGGGAAGACGAGGAGGACUGAUUCAAACAGCGAGAUAACUUCCAUGGAGCUCGUUAAGCUGUUUGGAUGAGUCCCUGCAAAUAUUUGUUCAGGGAGAUGGGUCAUGAAAUAUGAAUGAUGCAUCAUGGUGGGACUAACAUGGGCUGCUCUUUAAAUGGACUGAGAUUUGGGGGAGGCACAUUUUAGUGCUAUACCCAGCAUUUAAUAGGGUUGGUUUUGGAAAUGGUACGAGUCUGGUUGAAUUGUCUGGUGUAUCAAAAUAACAGCCAUGAGUUCAAUGGUCUUGUUAAGAGGAAUAAAAGAAAAGGAAUAUUUUUUUUUUUCAUAAACCAUUCUCAAGUCAUGCAGACCAUGCUGUUAGCACAUCUUCGAAUUUUCCUUGCAACCCAGCUAGAGAAGAAAGUGGGCCACCCCAAUUUCGCAAUUAAGGCUCUAUUUAAUUAGCAUCAAUCUUGCCUGUUUUGGACUGCCAAUGGAAGGAACUUCGGUUGUGCACGCAGUUUGUAAAUCUCGUAUAGCCCGAGCUAAGUCCACGGGCAGGCCCCAAAUUUUCAUUUAAAGAUUUCCUAUCAUACAUCACGACUUCAUCCAUAGGACUUGAGAUCUUGUGCAUGCAUGUUUCCACUCGAUAAUACUAUCUACAAGCUGGAGCCUUUAUAAUGGUGACUCGUCAUAAACCUGGGAAAGCUUAAAAUUGCACGGCCCGCCCAAACUCAGUGAAAUGAUUCCUGAACGAUAUGGUGUGAAGUAUUUGCUACACAACUCUUGGUACUCUCUCUCUCUCUCUCUCUCUCUCUCCCUCCCUCUGUGUGUGUGUUUUUAGCAGCAGAUGUAAGAUUUUCCAUCAACGACGUGGCGUUCUAUAUAUAGGUUUAAAGAGAGACUAGAGUACAUAAAAGCUUUGGUGAUUACCUGUAAAACCCGGCCAUUAAUGUAGUGAUACUAGAGCUAAAAAAUUAUGGAAUUAAGUUGGUCUAAACCCAGUUAUAUGAUAAUGUUUUAUGCUUACGGCUACAUCCACCAAGCAUGGCUAGCUUUAGCUAUAUACUUUCCUCCAAGGUCCGAGGAUGCAACCAAUAGGAGAUUGCCUUCUGCCUGAAACACUGCAUAUAUGCUUCUGCUUUUCACUUGUACGUAAGCUGCUUGAUUUUUUUCCCUAAGAAAGUGAUCAUCAAUUUAUUUC